AUGUCGAGUCGGAGCUUGGACGCGUUGGACGAAUAUAUCAGGCUGUUCAACGUUCGAUACCCACCAGCUAAAACCGAUAUCACGACGGAGCUUGCAAAACGCUUCGGUGGCGAAGCCAAAUUCGCCCGUUUGGUUGCAAGUGCUUUGCAAUUGCCACAGUCAAGACGAAUGUACGUCAAUGCUGAAAAAUUCCAAAACGCUCUAUUUAAGCAGUGGAAGGAUCGCGGUUUAGAUCCCAUGAGUGUUCAUGUUCAAGUAUUUAAGGUGGACGAGAACAAUGUGGCUUCUGCCGGUUCUGCGUUGAAGAAUGUUGUCGAGCGUUACCAGAGAGAUGUCUAUCGUGGCCCCGUUGAAGGUAUUUUUGUAAAUCCUCGUCGUUCGUAG